AUGAAGACUAUCGUAGUUAUUGGGGCGCUGGGGGUUGAUCGCAUCAUGAUCGUACCCCGUUUUCCAAAGACAGGAGAGAGCACUGAAGCAAGUCAUUCCGAUAAAAGCUUGGGCGGAAAGGGUGCGAACACAGCGCUCUCGACAUACCGCUCCUGCCACAACAAGCCAUCUCUAGACGCGGGCGAUGGUGCCAUUCGGGUUAAGAUGAUUGGAAAGGCCGGCGAUGAUCACUACGGGGUGACUCUGAUUCAGGAGCUACUCGAGAACGAUAUCGCUAUCUCUGGUGUCGCAGUGGUGCCAAGAUUACCGUCCAACGAACGCUUCGUCAUGAUCGAUGGAGAAACCCACGAGAGUCGGUGUGUGUUUAGCCCAGGGGCAACAGCGGCCUGGAAGAGGGAGGAUCUCAGCUACUGUGAGCAGUUUGGAGGUGACGAGUGGCCGCACUUGAUCGUGGCGCAGAUGGAAAUCGAUAAGAAGGUCGUUGAGACUAUGAUUCAUACCGCUGGUGAAGCUGGCAUCCCGUUCUGCUUGAAUGCCACGCCAGCGAGCCCGAUCGAACCCUUGCUCUACCGGCUUAUCACACAUCUUGUGGUCAACGAGUCUGGGGCUGCGACUCUGUUGGACUGUACGAGGGAUGAGGUGGAAGAGGACUGGCCAAAAGCUGCCCAGAGAUUCUUGGACCUCGGGGUCGAGAACGUGGUUAUCACGCUGGGUGUGAAAGGUGCAUAUUACGCCAACGCGGAAGUCAGCGGGCACUGCGCUGGGUAUCCUGUCCGGGUUAUCGAUACGACUGGAGCAGACGACGUCUUCACCGGAGCGUACGCGUCCGACUAUGUGCGUCAAAUGUCCAGUCCAUCUGGAGAAUGGGAUAUCGAGAGUGCCAUCGUUCGCUCGAAUAAAGCUGCUGCUAUAUCCAUUGGGAAGAUGGGCGCUCAGGGGCAUAUUCCUUGGGCGGAUGAGAUUGAUCAGUUUGACAUGAUGGCAGAGAUGACUUUUGACUAA